AUGCGGGAGCUGGCGAUCGAGAUCGGCAUACGGGUGCUGCUCUUCGGGGUCUUCGUCUUUACAGAAUUUUUGGAUCCAUUCCAGCGGGUUAUCCAGCCAGAAGAGAUCUGGCUCUAUAAAAAUCCUUUGGUGCAGUCAGACAACAUACCUACGCGUCUUAUGUUUGCAAUUUCAUUCCUUACACCACUCGCUGUCAUUUUUGUGGUGAAAAUAAUCCGGCGAACAGACAAGACUGAAAUUAAAGAGGCUUUCUUAGCUGUUUCCCUGGCUCUAGCUCUGAAUGGAGUCUGCACAAACACUAUUAAAUUAAUAGUGGGAAGACCGCGUCCCGAUUUCUUUUACCGCUGCUUUCCAGAUGGAGUAAUGAACUCUGAAAUGCACUGCACAGGUGAUCCAGAUCUGGUGUCUGAAGGCAGAAAAAGCUUUCCGAGUAUCCAUUCUUCCUUUGCAUUUUCAGGCCUUGGAUUUACCACCUUCUACUUAGCUGGAAAGUUGCACUGCUUCACUGAAAAUGGCCGGGGGAAGAGCUGGCGGCUUUGUGCAGCAAUUCUGCCUCUCUAUUGUGCCAUGAUGAUUGCCCUGUCACGUAUGUGUGAUUACAAACAUCACUGGCAAGAUGCUUUCGCUGGAGGGAUCAUUGGUCUCAUUUUCGCUUAUAUUUGCUACAGACAACACUACCCUCCUUUGGGUAAUACAGCUUGUCAUAAAUCUUAUGUCAGCCUGCUAGAUCAGAAUUCAAUGAAGAAAGAAGAGAGACCUACAGCAGAUAAUGCUACUGGCCUGCCUCUAGAGGGAAUAACUGAAGGACCAGUAUGACUUUCAGAAAUGUGCAGAAUGAACUUUUAGCCUUCUCACAUUUCCUCCAAACCAAUCUUUUAACAUGAUGUUUCCUACUAUAAAUUUGGUCUGUGCUUUUUCUUUGGUUUCUUUCCUUUACAAACAAAAAUGAAAUAUUUUAUUUUUAAUGCUGUAACAUCCUCAUGCUUUUGAAGUUAAAUUUUCAGUUCAUAUUGACUUACCGAAUUGUCUGUUUUCCAUCUGCUGCAAAAAGAUGGAUUAUCUGGGAGAGAGGAAAGACCAUUAAGAAAAAAAUUCCACUUGGAAUUGGUUAAAAGAAUUUUUAGGAGGCUAUGGUUUGAAGAUAUAGUAGAUCUGGAAACAGAUUUUAUGAAGUAUAGAGUAUCUCCUAGAAAGUUCUGGUUAUCUUCAGCACUCAUUGAUUUUGAUGCAUGGUGAGUACCCACAGCACUUUUCAUCAGAUGUUCAGCGUUUGUUAUAGCUAGCCAUUUCUUUAUGUAAUUUGGUAAGUAAGGGUAGCAUCCUUGUGUUUAUUUUGUUGUCUUCUAACAUAAUAAAUCUGCACAUACUAUGAGAACUUUGUGUUAAUCAUCAAGUUUUGGCAGGAUCAUUCUGAGCUACUAACAGUCAAGCAGCUGAAAGAUACUAGGGUUAAGAGUUUGUAACAGCUAGUCACAUUAGUAAUUCCACAGUAUAAUGCUGACAUUCAAGAAAUUCAAAACUAUUAAAAUUAUCAGUUUGCAAUAAUGUAUGUUCCUAGGAUGGGUUAGAAACCUGGCAUUAGAACGUUAGUAAUUUUUUGAGAGCUCUUGCAGUAAUUCCCAUCAAAACAAAAUGAAAGUAGACAACACCCAUGACAUUCAACAAGCCGAAUUCUUUAAAACAAUUAAAAAACAAAUCCUAAAAAUAUGAACAUGAAGAAACAUAAUGUUUUCUGUGAAUCUCAGUGUGCCACAUUCAUUCUUGUGUUGUGACUCACUGCAGCAUUGGUGAUCUUACAAAAUGCAAAAGAUUUUCAUUUGUGACUUUGAGCGCACAACCAUGAAUGCUUAUGGUAUUUUACAGCACUGUAACAUUUCCAGAGGAAUGCUGGAAACAGUGUUCUGUUAGACCCAUCCCACAUUUUCAAUUCAUCAUCUUCUUGAGCGUGGCUUUUGCAAAGGUUAUCCUGGGACCUGUAUCAAAACUUGCCUGAAUCAAAACACUGUUGGUAUGGAGAAGAUUACUAAGUGUAUGAGCAAUCUACUUUAGUGAAUUUAUUGUUGUUAGGAUUCUGUUAUAUAUGCGCUGUGCAGUAUACAUCACAUUCCUGUGAAAUGAUGUACUUUUGGAUGGCAGAAUGUCAGUUUCCAUAAUUUCUUUUCUUAGGUAUCUUAUGAAAGUUCAGGUAAGUGGUCUAGACCACAUCUUGAUAGUUGAAUAAUUUUUGGGUGGAGCUGCUGAUUAAAAUGAUCAAGACAGUGUUGAUCAACAACCAUUAUAUGGUGCUUUAGACUGGCGGAGACUGCUGCCAUAGUUAUAAUUUAUGUGUUCCUAUUGGAGUAUGUAUCGGCCUCGUAGACAUCUUGUGAUUCAAACAGCUCAGUGUCUUUAAGUAAUGCUUGUCAUUUACUUACGCCAGAGGUAAGCUCUGUAGAUUUUUUUUGAGAAGAGCUAUUUCCUGAUUGGCAAAAUUUGAAUUUUUAUAGCGAGUAAGUAAAUUAGGAUCCCUUUAAAAAUAAACUGAAAUAAUUGUGUAUAAGAGAGUGCAGUCAUACUAUGUGUAAACCUAUAUGAUAUUUGGAAAUAAAUAUAAAUAGGAAAUGACUUUAAGGAACGAAAUGCAGUAAGCAUGAACCCAGUAGGGUUCUACAGAAAUUAGGCGUGAUCUACUUGUGAAAUUCAUACCAGAGGUAGGAUUUUUUGCUGACAUAGUUAAAGUAUUCUGAGCUCUAAAGCAAAGUCAGUUUCCCAAACCUAAAUGUGUUUUUGCUGGUAUGCACAUGUUAGUUUAUGAAACUAGCAUAAGCAAAGCAAAGUUAUGCAGGCAUUGCAUUUGCAUUGGAUUUGACAGAACAUUUACUAGUGAAACUGAGGUCUUAUUCUAGAAAUCCACACACUUUAGUGGAGGUUUAAUCUUUCUAUAAAGUUUUUAAACCAUCCUACAGAAUUCUGUAACAGGGAUAUCAUUUUCUAUUACUUCAUAUGGGAGGCUUAAAAAAGCCCUAGACUAAGGGUAUCAUGUCUUUACAUUGUGUAGGCCUUUUCAUUAGCUUUUUGUUUCAGCAGGAACCCUAGUCUUCCGGGUUAUAUGCAAAUGUCAAAAAAUCUUAAAUCAAAAUUAGAAGUUUAUUACUGAUGCAUAGUGCAUUUUGCAUGUUUUUAUAUAGAUCUGGAUUAUUCUCAAAAUUGAGCAGGGCCUCCUAACUGUGCUGUAUACAUUUCCUGUAUUUUAAUGGCUUUUGAUACAAAUAAGCUAUCUUCAUUGGGAUGGGGAAUGCUUGUGCAGCCCUUAAUUGAGCAUUGGCUCUUAAAAGAUUGAAAUAUGAAAUGUAAUGCAGCAUAAACAGUUAUACUGCAAGAUGAAUUGAACUUUGCAAAAAAGUAAAGAAAGAUGUAUUUUAAUGGGAAUAAUUAAAUUAAAAGUCAUAAAGUAGACCAUGUAAAAGCUUUGAUUAAAAUGUAAUUAAAAUUGUGAAAGUCAUAAUGAAGUGAAACUUUUAGUGGCAUCUGCAGACACUGUAAUUACCAGUGCAAAGUCACUGUGGGGAAGGCAUUUUUGUGGAUCAAUGUAUUUUAAUCUCAUGCUCUCUCAGUGUGAAGGAAAUGUAAUAUUGUAAUGCACCAAUAAAACAACACAUGAAUGUGGGUUUGUACA